GAUAACGUCGUUACCGCGGGAAACAUUUUGUUCGAAAUUUGAUUUUGUUCGAAAUUAGAGGUAAAAAUCAGCAGGAUGGCGUACAGAGGACAAGGACAGAAAGUCCAGAAAGUUAUGGUGCAGCCUAUCAAUCUCAUUUUCAGAUACCUGCAAAACCGGUCUCGGAUCCAGGUCUGGCUUUACGAACAGGUCAACAUGAGGAUAGAGGGCUGUAUCAUUGGAUUUGAUGAAUAUAUGAACUUGGUCCUGGAUGAUGCUGAGGAAGUGCACAUGAAGACAAAGAACAGAAAGCCUCUGGGACGGAUCAUGUUGAAAGGAGACAAUAUAACACUGCUACAAAGUGUGUCCAAUUAGUCCUCCAGAAAAAAACUUGCUGUUUUCUUUAUUCUUUUCAGAUUCUUGGAUAUGAGGACAUGACUGUCUUUUGUAUCAUUUGUCAGUUUUUAGGCAAAUGAAAUUUAGAGAUAUUUGUCAUAUGUGACGUUAUUACCUUUUUGUCCUUUUUUGUACCCAACAAGAAUAAAAUAAUGUCCUUUGUU